GGCACAGCCCCCAUGCUCAGAGGCAGCACACACUCUCGGGUGAUUGACUGGAUCACAAGUAGAUUGAGAUUCCCUGCACGGCCCAUCCUUCAGGAUCACAGAGAUAGCAACGCGGACUACCUGCAUACGCUUCAGGAGCUGGAAGCAGUGAAUGGUGUAUGCAUCCCUCAGAAUUCAAGCGUCUGUUCACUUUCAAACAUCAAGCAUUUGAACAGAUGGAUAAUGGAGACUGGGGAUACAUGAUGUCGUCUGAUCCAGUUACGCUAAAUGUCGGCGGCCAUGUCUAUACAACAUCUCUCUCCACAUUAAAACGUUAUCCAGACUCCAUGUUGGGGGCUAUGUUCCGGGGAGAUUUUCCAACUGCCAGGGACUCCCAAGGGAAUUAUUUCAUUGAUCGAGACGGAUCACUUUUCCGGUAUGUGCUUAACUUCCUGCGGACAUCAGAACUGACUUUGCCAAUAGACUUUAAGGAAGUGGACCUGCUCCGUAAAGAAGCAGACUUCUAUCAGAUUGAACCUCUGAUACAGUGUCUUAAUGAACCAAAACCAUUAUAUUCUUUGGACACUUUUGAAGAAGUAGUGGAAUUGUCAAGCACUAGAAAACUCUCAAAAUAUUCCAACCCUGUUGCUGUGAUUAUAACGCAACUUACCAUUACAACCAAGGUGCAUGCUUUGCUGGAGGGAAUUGCUAAUCAUUUCACCAAGUGGAACAAGCACAUGAUGGAUACAAGGGACUGCCAAGUUUCCUUUACAUUUGGGCCAUGUGAUUACCACCAAGAGGUCGCUCUACGAGUUCACCUGAUGGAAUAUAUUACAAAGCAAGGUUUUACAAUCCGAAAUACUAGGGUGCAUCAUAUGAGUGAGCGGGCUAAUGAAAACACAGUGGAACAUAAUUGGACUUUUUGUCGAUUGGCUCGCAAAACCGAUGAUUGACAAGUGCGAUGCUGGUGUGCCAGAAAUUCAAAUGCUUCUUACACAUAAGAAAAUCGUGCUAAUGUUUAUUAAAGGGAAAUUCCAGUACUAUUUUUGUCAAAAUCUGUUUGCAUUAAUCAUUGUAGCCAAACAAAUAUAUAAAUAAGAAAUCUAUAAAUCUGUUGAUUAAACGUUUAAAACACCCCUUUUGGGGGGAAAAAAAUAAAAUUUUACUUUUCAUGCAAACAAUCCUGAAGAUGACCACUUAUCAUAAGUGGUAUGUAAAUGACCCGUACAAGAACAUGCACGUUUAUGCGCACAUUAGUCACGUUGUCAUAUAAGAAAUAAUAUCCGUACAAGACUAUAUUUGUAUUGGCUAAGCUAUGAUUACUGAACAAUGGGUUAAAAAAAAGUUAGAUACAUUAAAGUGACUCCUAAUCUCAAAAUUAACAUGUUAAUUUAAUUGUAAAAAAAAAAAAGUGUGGGAUUGUACUUUUUAAAAACUUUUUGCUGUAUUUCUUUUGUGAGUUUUACUUAAAUCUUGUGAUUGGAUAAUGCAACAAAUGUAGUUUGUAUUUCUGGCUUACCCAGCAUGCAUGCAUGUGUCCAUUCCAAACAUUACUAUACAAUAAUUUUAUUCUUGCUUAAACAUAAGCUAUCAAUUAUCCGGUGCACACAACCCUUAAUAUUAACUGAUCAAUGUUAAUGUGCGUAUGUCUUUGAGUGAACGUAUGGUGCAGGUGAAACCUUUCAUUUUUUUUUAUUUUUAUUUUUCUUAACUAUCUUCACAGGUCUUUCAAACUGAAUAGCUCAUCCUGAAUUUCAACACUCAUAAGCAGAAAGAUAUUAAUAAUCAACUACCAUCAAAAACAAAUAUUUUAAAGAAUGAGAAAAGGAGACGAACUGAAAAGAAUAGUAAAUUAAUUAAUAAUAAAUAAAAACACUAUUAUACUUGCAUGCUGUUGUGUAAGAAUAAGAAUAGUGCAAAAAUUUCAAAGCGACAAGUAUUAAAGGUCUGCAGCUUUUCAAAUUUAUAAAAAAUAAAUAAAAUUAUAGAAUGUUUUAUAGUAAUGUUGGUAUAACGCAUGCUUAUCUUCCUAUGGAAAUAAUUUUUAAAGAGUCAACACAAUUCUAAAUAAAAGUUUAUUAUAACAUAUACCUAGCUUUGACUUAUAUGUUGGGCCAGUAAUUCUCAGAGACACUAAACUGUAGAUUUGAAUGGGUAUCUCUUGGGACUUUUUAGUGCUGGUAAUGCCAGUAUGUUAUCAAAAGGACACUGUGAAAGCAAAAGCUUUUUCCGAUGUCAUUUCCUAAAUUAACACAUAAGCUAAUUGCAACUAUUUUUAGAUCAUUUGUUAUAAUUACAGAGUACAUUUUAAGAGGGGCAUAAAACUCUAAAUUUUCUUUCAUGGUUCAGAGCAUACACAUUUUAAAACCCUUCCUAUUUACCUUUAUAAAAUUUACUUAAUUUUGUUUUGGUAUUCUUUGUUGAAAAGCAUACCUGGGUAGAUAGUGAGCAUGUGUUUAGAGCACUAUAUGUCAGCAGGUUUUGUAGUAUACACUUGCAUUACAAUUUUCAUAUAACUGCAUGUAAUAGACACUACUAUAAAGAAGAAUAUGCACAGAUACUGAUCUAAAACUCCAGUAUAAAACCGUUUAAAAACUUACUUAGAAGCUCCCAGUUUAGCUUUGUUUAAAAGGUUAUUGGAACACCCACUGCAAGUGGGAAAUAACAGACACGCCCCCCUUCAUCUGCAUAUGAAAAGACCCUUUACACACACAGAAGCAAGCUGGAGUAGGUAUACGUCAGUAUUCUCCUGAAACUUUGGGGCUUGGUUAGGAGUCUGAAAAUCAGAGAAAUGUUAUUUAAAAAUAAGCAAAACUAUACAUUUUUUAAAAAAAAAAUAAACCCUGUAUGGGCUAUAUAAAUGGAUCAUCUACAAAACAUUUAUGCAAAGAAAAUUCUAAUGUAUAAAGUUCCUUUAAAGUGAAGGUAAAGUUACCCUCAUCUCGAUCUAGAAUAUCAUUAAAUGUUUAAAAAAUAAUAUGACUUUCAUUCAUCAUAUUUUAUAUAAAUCGUUAUAAAUAAAUAUAUUACCUUUAAUAAUUUGAUUUCUAUCCGUCCCCAAAUUCAACCCGUAAAAAAAAAAAAAAUUCCUUUCCAUCACGUGUUUUUAUUAUCCAACUGAUUUUUAUGCCGUUAGGUGGCUGUCAACCUCCCCUUUACUCAUCACCACAUGCGCAAUUGAAUUUUUCUUAAGCUUCUAAACCCUGCGCGCUUCCCGUUUCAGGCAUGCAUCCUAUUACCAGAUAGGAAUCCUCACAGACUACGUUAUCGUCUUUUUACUGACAUCUUCUAUAACCUGCUCAGGUUGUAUUUAGUAAGUUCAUGUAUGACAAAGAGUUUAAUAAUGUGGGCCUAAUAAUGUCACAUGAUGCCUUGAUACCUGCACAGCCUUGUUACCUGUCUGUAUGAUCAGAGACAGGAGCUGCAUUUAUUGAUAUCAUUGAAAAGUUUCUUAAAACACCAAUCUAUUAACUCGGUUUGCCCAUUGGGUAAACCGAGUUAAUAGAUCGGCGUUAUUAAGAAAUGUUUCAACGUUAGCAAUAAAUGCAGCUCCUGUCUCUGAUAGUAUAGUACUGAAUAAAUAUACCAAUUCAUUCAAUACUAUGUUACAAGGCAAAUUAGCGCAUGCGCAUUGUAAAGUAUUCGGAGUGUAACGCAUGGGCAUUGAAGAUUAGCAUUGGCAAGUAGCGCAUGCACAAUUGAAUCUGGGGUUGUGCACGCGCAUUUGAGAGGCGUAGAGAGAGAGUGGGACUGCUAAAAACGUCGCAAAAUGCAGAAGGAAGUAGGGCUUGGGAGGAGUCGGGAGACAAACGGUAGGGAAUUUGAAAUGAAUUUUUUAAGAAAAAUAUUUGAAAAAUCAAAAAAAUAACUUAGCAACUAUUAUAAGGUGAUAGUGAGAAAUGGUAGAUUUUAUUCAAUAAAAAAUAACUUUACCUUCCCUUUAGGCAUUAGAUGUCAGUGUUUGUGCAAUAUAUAAUAUGUUUUUAUGUACACUCGUAUCUGAAUUAUGAAAGGGAAGAAAAUUAGAUUCAUGCCCUUUUGACAGACAUCUAUGAAAUCAGUAUUAUGUUGAAUUUAGCCCAACUGCUUAUUUGAUAUUUUUACAGUUUAAACGGGCGGGGGGUCAACCAUGAGUUCAGCCAUGUUGAUGUGAUUCUUAUUUUCUAAUUUUGUUUAAAAUGAAACGGAAAUGUAUUACCUGCCUAAAAUAUGCUAAUAAAAAUAAUUUGCAUUUUA